AUGGAUAUAAAUACGGAUCCGGGCCCCAACUCACUUAAAAUAUAUCGAAAAUCCCCAACACCCAAUCCAAACAGUUCAUUCGUAGAGAGAGAAAUCGUCGUCGCGUCGAGUCGCGAUAAUCUUGUGUAGAGAGCGAAAACCUCGAAUUCUCAAUUGAAUUUUCUGCGUAAUUCUCAGAUCUGCGUGAGGUAGAGAAUGUCGGGGAAAGGAGCGAAGGGGUUGUUGACGGGGAAAACUCCGGCUUCGAAAGACAAGGACAAGGACAAGAAGAAACCCAUUUCCCGCUCUUCUCGCGCCGGGCUUCAGUUCCCUGUUGGUCGUAUCCAUAGGCUCCUGAAGGAGCGAGUGACUGCUCAUGGAAGAGUAGGCGCGACUGCUGCUGUCUACUCUGCAGCCAUAUUAGAGUACCUAACUGCUGAAGUGCUGGAAUUGGCUGGGAAUGCUAGCAAGGACUUGAAAGUGAAGCGUAUCACACCCCGACAUCUGCAGCUGGCUAUACGUGGUGAUGAGGAGCUCGACACCCUCAUAAAAGGAACCAUUGCUGGUGGUGGCGUGAUCCCCCAUAUACACAAGUCGCUCAUCAACAAGUCUUCCAAGGAAUGAGACGACAAUUAGCAGGUGCCGCAGGGGUUUUAAGGUUCUAGGAUUAGGCUGUCUCUACAUGUUUAGAAGUUCUAUUUUGUGGCAUGUUGUGAAGCGAAAACAGUUGAUUGGAUUCUGUUCAAGAAUUCAAGAGACGUUUGGGCGCAGACCUCGUUGCAAAUGUAUUUUCCAUAAAGGAGCAUGCAGCAUGGACCUAGUCUUUAAUUUAUGUGAAAGUGUGUUACAUUGAUUUCAA